AUGUACACCUACAUAUCCCUUAGCAGAAUUAACGUCAUUGAAUUACUGGAUAAACAUUUACCUAUGAUAAAUCGCAAAGCGCUAGCAGUCAGCGUUAUGGGAUGCAUUGUAUUAUGUAUACAAACAAUGAGUUUGAAUGUAAUAAGAGGACAAGAAGUAGUGCGAUUGCGGGCUUCUUUGAGGACAUCCACGGAGAAAAUUCUCAUGAUGUCAUUAGCAGUUGUUAUUCUGCUAUUUGCUGGGAUUUUAUGCAUAGUUUAUUUCAAUGGCAUAAAACCCGCCAUAACAAAAGCUCUAUUAAAGACUGUAGCAGAUUACGACGAUGAUCCAGCAUCUCGUUCGUUUAUUGACAGAAUCCAGAUUGCCUACAACUGCUGUGGAAUCAACAGCUCAGCUGACUACCAAGAUUUAUCCAGUGUGAACCUCCACGGAAUCAAAAACACGUUGCCACGAGACAAAACAUUGAAUGGUUGCCCUCAUGAAGACCUAGCAUGUCUUUAUCCACUUUCAUGCUGUUUUUCUGUGGAAUGUACGGAAUAUCGAUUAGCUGAGCUUAACGUAGAAGGUGAUCGAUUUCAUGAACGAUGGUACAAAAACAGAGGAUGUGUACACGCACUGUUCUCUGCCCAUUUUGGUCUGCUCGAACCAGUUUAUUCUGUGGCUUUGAUAUUCUUUUCACUUGGCAUGCAAAUGUUAGGACUGCUCUUUGCUCAGCUGACGUUGACUGGUUACCUGACAUUAUCCGAAAGUGGACUUUCUGAUGCGGAUGAGUCGGUAGCAUGGUUGUUGCCGUUCUCAUAUCCAGGGCCAGAAGAUAUCGUGCAGCAUCUCACUGAAUGGGCAGCACAAAUUUACAUAAACAAGGAUGAAAUCACACAGAAAGAAGCAAAGUCCGAUAAUCCAGAGCCGAGAGCAGCAGGGACGGGAGGACGCUCUAGAAGGCGUGGAUAUUGAGAACCGGGAAUUAUUGAGGUCAAAAACAAGAACACUGAUAAAAC